AUGUCAACGGCCACCAUAACCUUAUUUAUGGCACAUCGUGCUCAUAACACUGAAAUCGAGAAGGAAGAACGAACACCGGGCAAGUUUGAAUGCGACUGGAUACUGAAGCAAUGUAUGACAAACGGAUUGGGCCCUGACAUUCGCUUUACGCUAAGCGAUCUCGGAAUUGUCCAGAAAGGAUUGGUGGAACCGGAAAACAACGAUGAGCGUGAUUAA